AUAACCCAUGUGCUCUUAACUCCAAAACCCUAAAUCAUUCUCAUUUCAUCUUCAUUUAAACCCUAACCCCUCCCAAAACCCUACUUUCUUCCCCCCUUUCUUCUUCUCCUCUCUCUACUUUCUCUCUCUUCCCCAAUCGGCAGAAGAAGAUGCCGCUUGGUGAAAGAAAUGGCGACAAAGAAUCCCGCUAUUGCGGCGUUGAAACUGACUUCAGCAAUGACAUGCCGCAGCUUCUUGAGUAUAGCAUUAAAGGCGGAUUCGACUUCGUUCUUGCUACUUUGGUUGAUCCUGCAUACCGGCCAAGCCUGGAAAGUAGUAACAAUCUGAAAUCUGGUGCCCUGCCAGUAGCUGGGUCAGACUUGGUUUUAAGCCCUGCUAAGUGGAGUAGUCAUGUUGUUGGAAAAAUCAGCUCAUGGAUUGACUUGGAUUCCGAUGAUGAAAUUCUUAGGAGAGAUUCUGAGAUCUGUCUGAAGCAAGAAGUUGCUUGGGCUUCCCAUCUCUCGCUACAGGCAUGCCUUCUUCCAGUCCCUAAGGGUCAGUCAUGUGCCAAUUAUUCAAGAUGUGUGAAUCAGAUUCUGCAAAGCUCAAACAACAUGCAGUUGUGGCUCAGAAUUCCUUUGAGAAAGCACGAAGACGGUGACCCUAUGGAUGAUCAAUCAUUAGGCGGAGAUCCUAUUGAUUCUUGGGAGACAUGGAAUUCAUUUCGUCUUCUUUGUGAACAUAACAGCCAACUCUCAGUUGCGCUUGAUGUCCUGGGUUCCCUUCCAUCUACAAAUUCUUUGGGUCGCUGGAUUGGAGAGCCGGUACGAGCAGCUAUUAUUCAUACUAAUUCUUUUCUUACAAAUGCUCGUGGGCACCCUUGCUUAUCAAAGCGUCAUCAGAAGCUACUCACACAGUUCUUCAACCAUUCAGUACAGGUAGUCAUUUCUGGAGGAUUGGCACACCCUGUUUCUAUAAAAUCACUGGAAUCAGCUACUAAUGAUGUUAACAGUGAUGUAGGGCAUCCUUUGAGAGCAUACUUGUACUAUAUUGGUUAUCUUUACCAAAAGAUGGAUCCACUCCCUGAACAGGAGCUCUAUGAGCUUAGCUACAGGGACUUUUUGCAGAGUCCAUUGCAGCCUCUCAUGGAUAACUUGGAGGCGCAAACAUACGAGACAUUUGAAAAGGAUACAGUAAAGUAUCUUCAGUACCAAAGGGCGGUCGGUAAAGCUUUGCUGGACAGGAUUCCUGAUGAGAAAGCAUCGAGUGUAACCUCUGUUUUGAUGGUCGUUGGAGCUGGAAGGGGGCCUCUUGUCAGAGCAUCUUUAGAGGCAGCUAAAGAAACAGGCAGAACUUUAAAAGUUUAUGCUGUGGAGAAAAAUCCUAAUGCUGUGAUAACUCUUCAUAGCCUGAUUAAACUUGAAGGAUGGGAGAAUAUUGUUACCAUAGUGUCUAGUGACAUGCGUCAUUGGGAUGCCCCUGAGAAAGCUGACAUUUUGGUUAGUGAGCUGCUGGGUUCUUUUGGUGAUAAUGAACUUUCUCCUGAGUGUCUUGAUGGGGCUCUAAGAUUUCUGAAGCCAGAUGGCAUCUCUAUCCCAUCAUCGUACACGAGCUUUUUCCAACCCAUCACAAGCACCAAGUUGUAUAAUGAUGUUAAAGCACAUAAAGAUCUAGUGCACUUUGAAACUCCUUAUGUGGUAAAAUUACACAAAGUAGCAAGGCUUGCUCCAUGUCAGCCAGUCUUUACUUUUGUCCAUCCCGAGUACUCUCCAAGCAAUGAUAAUCAACGUUAUACGAAACUGAAGUUCGAGAUACCUGAAGACACUGGGUCAACAUUGGUUCAUGGGUUCGCUGGGUACUUUGAUGCUACUCUCUACAAAGAUGUACAUCUUGGUAUAGAACCAACAAUGCCAACACCAAAUAUGUUUAGCUGGUUUCCUAUCUUCUUCCCAUUAAGGGCACCAGUGUGCGUGCGUCCAGGAGUCCCUCUAGAAGUUCAUAUUUGGCGAUGUUCGGGCUCAACAAAGGUUUGGUAUGAGUGGUGUGUUGCUUCUCCUUCCUCAUCACCCAUCCAUAAUAGCAAAGGGCGUUCAUACUGGGUUGGUCUUUGAUUUGUCAACCCUGUAAAUCUAGCUUUCAAAAGGGCACAAGCUUUCUGGAGCGAAACAUUGAAAGCAUGUACCAUUUCAUCAGAAAGGCAGUGACUUGCAGCUAACUCUAGUCUUCCAAGAUGUGAUCUAGUUGUCAGGCACCAAGCACCUGAUUUGAUUCAUGUAGGAAGAAACCAUCUUAUAUCUGCAGUGAAAGAGACGUAUAAAGGUCAAAAGCUUUCGCCACAAGUCUUACAUGAGCAGAGGUGGAAUUUGUGUUCCUGCAAACCACACUAGGAUGUGUUAGGUUUUCAUGAGCAGAUAAGUUGCGGUUGUACUCAGAAAGCUUUAUACAUAUAAUUUUCUUUAUAUUUUGUGCUACAUUGAAAGCAUUGUGCAUUCAUUCUUUCAAGUUUUUGUAGCAUAUUAGUGUUGUAUUAUAGAAACAUAGGGAGUAAUGGUAAAAUUCCUAUUAGAUCUCGUUAAUCAUUUCAUCCUAUUUCAAUGUUCAUCUUUGCAAAGGAAAUUUGACUGUGUUUAUUAAA